AUGUCUGGUGUUGAAUCUGUUAAUAUCACGCAGGCCAAUUCAGUGGCCGCUGGUACUAACAAGCCCGUCAGAAGAAUCGUGGCCUCUGGUAUUGGAGGUAAACUGAUGGGUACCAAGUCUAUGACUCAGGUUACUGCUGGAGAAAUUACUAGGGAUUCUGUUGCUCAGUUGUUGGCAAAGGAUAAAGCCUUAAAGGAGAAAUACCAGAAGGAGAAGCACAUCUCUGAACAGUCUUGGACUAUGGACAACUGGUACAAGCACAUCAACUGGUUAAAUACAACGUUGGUUCUUGCUGUCCCCUUGGUUGGUAUGAUUAUGGCAUAUUGGGUCAAGCCUACCUGGCAGGUUGUUGGUCUUGCCUUUGUUAUGUAUGUUUUCAGUGGUUGCUCCAUUACUGCCGGAUACCAUAGACUUUGGUCCCACAGAUCUUACAAGGGUCGCCUCCCAAUUAGGAUCUUCUACGCCUUAUUUGGUGCUUCUGCUAUUGAAGGCUCCAUCAAAUGGUGGGGACAUUCUCAUAGAAUCCAUCACCGUUAUACAGAUACUAAUAGAGACCCAUAUGACGCCAGAAAGGGUUUUUGGUAUUCCCAUCUCGGCUGGAUGCUUUUGGUUCCCAAUCCAAGAUAUAAAGCCCGUGCUGAUAUUAGCGAUUUGGUCGAUGACUGGGUUGUUAGAUUUCAGCACAGACACUACUUGGCCAUCAUGCUAUUCAUGGCCUUUAUCUUCCCUGCCCUAGUCGCCAAAUUUCUUUUCAACGACUUCUGGGGAGGAUUUGUUUACGCUGGUGUACUCAAAAGUUUCCUCAUUCAACAGGCUACAUUUUGUGUCAACUCCCUAGCUCAUUGGAUAGGUACUCAACCAUUUGAUGAUACUCACACCCCUCGUGACCACGUCAUUACUGCGUUGGUUACCUUUGGUGAAGGUUAUCACAAUUUCCAUCAUGAGUUCCCAUCCGAUUACAGAAACGCAUUGAAAUGGUAUCAAUAUGACCCUACCAAAGUAAUCAUCUGGCUCACUUCCAAGAUAGGUCUGGCUUAUAACUUGAAGAGAUUCUCUCAGAAUGCUAUUGAUCAAUGUGCUCUGCAGCAGAAACAGAAGCAGUUGGACAAGGAAAGAUCGAAGUUGAAUUGGGGUCCUCAGUUAAGUGAGUUGCCUGUCUGGAAUAAGGAUGAGUUCUUUGAAAAUGCAAAGUGCCAAAAAGGUUUGGUUGUCAUUUCCGGUAUUGUUCACAACUGUGCCGAUUUCCUAAGCGAUCAUCCUGGUGGACCGGCUCUUCUCAGAACCUCAUUCGGUAAGGAUGCUACAGUAGCAUUCAACGGUGGUGUAUACGCCCAUUCCAAUGCUGCUCAUAACUUGUUGGCCACCAUGAGGAUUGCUGUUAUCAAGGAUAGCGGUGCCGGUAACAGUACAUACGAUCAGCAGCUAAAGGCAAUCUUCGAGAAGAACGCUAAGGCUGAGUAA